CCAGGAUUGAAACAUGGCGGCGCCGGCUAAGAAAGUUUUCGAGGUCUUCGUGUCUAAAGUACCAUGGACAUUAGCCAGCAGGGAGAUGAAGGAGUAUUUCGGACAGUUUGGACAAGUGAAGAAGUGUCUUUUACCAUUUGAUAAAGAAACAGGUUUCCAUAAAGGCUUCUGCUGGAUUGGAUUCACAACAGAGGAAGGGCUGACUAAUGCACUGCAGAAAGAGCCACACAUGCUGGAGGGGGCCAAGCUCCUGGUUCAGAGGAACAGACGGCCGUUCUCUGGACAGAGAUCAAACAAAGAAAGCGAGUUUGACUGAAAUUCUGUGUCUGUGAAAAUCAAACAUGUUGUCAUGCUCAGGCUCACAUUCACUUUGCUUUUGUUCUCGCUGCCAUAUUUGUUUGACAUUUGUUUGCAUUUGGGGCAUAAUGAAGACUUAAAGAAGUACGCUGGGCUUGGUUUUAUAUUUCCACCUUUUUAAUCAGUUUGAUCCUGAGCAUCUCUGUCAUUUCUCUAAUGUGUCCAGCUGUGAUGAUUGUGUUUAUUUAUUAUCUGUGAUACUGUUCAACCUGGUAUCUCUCCAAAGCAUGACGUUUAUCUCAACUGUCACUGUACUUCACAUAGAUGCAGUUGUUGGUAUGGAGUGUAUGACACAGUGAAGCAGUGAGUGUAUUAAUGUUUAACCUCUCUGUCAGACACCAUCAUCACUACAUAGACUUGUAUUUACUUCAAGUUUAUGAAGCAUGAUUUACAUGUGUAGUGUAUGGCAAUAAAAACAUUGUUUA